GGCCUCCCGCUUUUCCCACCGUCCUUUUUCUCCGUAAUGCCCACCCUGCAAAUGUCCAUACAAAGUUCACCGCCGUUGCAAGUCACUCCGCUGCCUUUCCUGUAUACACUGGACCCUCUGUAGCUGCAAACCCCCUCGACGCACGGUGUGCAUAGUCUAGUCCGCUGUAGGAAUAGUCUUGUCGAUUCCCAGUUGCAGUCACCUUUUUAUUAUUCAGGGCUUUUCUGGCGACACAACGACUCGCAGUGUCGUUUGGUUUUCCCGGACCUGUUCUUCUUGUUCCCGACUUUGCCAGUCUCUGUUUUGCGGGCGGACGUUAUCUAUAUCCCAAAUACCCAAGUGGAAGCUUGCAUUCCACUCCGCCUCCCAUAUACGCACCGACACAAUGUCACAACCACCUCCACCGGCAACGACACACAGGGAGCCCUUCCGCAUACACUCAAUACAUCAAUCUAUCCUGUUUUCAUUACUACUACCAGCGACACUGAUGGUGACGGCUUGGUCGCUUUGGAGGAAUGCCUGUGGGAGUAUGGUCUGUCCAGAAAAAAGUGGACUCACCAGGGAGGCUAGGAUGAGCAUCGGAGGAUUCUACGCCUGGCUGAUCCUGGUCUCCCUCUUCCUCGUCCUUGCGCAAUUCACCCCCUACGGCCACGGCCACCGCUGGAAGCACAACUUCCUCCCCCUCACAAAACACUGGAAACCCACCUACGCCGUCAUCCUCGUCUGGGCCAUCGUUACCCUUCACCAAGCCGCGCAAUUUGUGUACUGGUUCACAGCAUACAGGGACCGCUCGGCGAGGAGGCAUACGGAGGCGACGGUGGCGGUGCUGCAGGCGGCGUAUAAGGCGGUGGCGUAUAAUGCGGCCAUUCAGUUGUCGUUGACGUUGUUGCCGACGAGCAGGGGUGGGUUUUUGAGUGGGUUGUUUGGGAUUGGGUAUGACGCUUCGCUGGGCUUCCACCGGGUAUCAGGCCUCGUAACAACCCUACUCGCCUUCCUUCACUUCCUCCUCUUCGCCGCCUACAGCGUCCUCAAAUCCGGCUGGCCCUCCUUCCUCCGCAUCACCUUCCUCCUCCACGCCCCACCCUCCCGCUACACCACCUACCACGGCUGGCUCGGCCCAAUCGGCCUGCUCUCGCUGCUCUGCUUCAUCUGGGUGACCCUCAGCUCCCUCGAACGCGUCCGUCGGCGCCACUACAACUGGUUCUGGCUCAACCACACCGCAGUCCUCCUCGCCAUCCUCCUAUCUUUCGUCCACGCGUCGCCCAUGGUGUGGUUUUCCCUCCCAACGCUGGUGCUGUAUGCCGCGGAUUCGUGCGUGAGGGUGUAUAAUCGCCGACGAGCAUAUACGAUCACCGGGCUGAGACCGGAGGCGUGCGGGUACCUGAGGGUGGAUAUUGCAGAUUGUCAUGUCGCAGCGCAGCCGGGGCAGUGGGUGAGCGUGAACAUACCCGCGAUAUCGAGGACGGAGUGGCAUCCGUUUACGGUUGCUAGUAGUACCUCUCGGAGCCGUAUUGCCACCACAACCCUGAACGACGACCCGGAACGACAACACCUCCUCUACCCCGGCCAAUCCUCAACCUCCCACCCACCGACAUAUACAUCCACCCCGGGCCUAAGCCUAAUAGUUAAGCCCAUCCCCUCCGAUUCCUCAUGGACACACGCCCUCCUCUCCCACUGGUCCACCUAUCAUCCCUGCCCAUCUUCGUUUCCACUCACAAUCCACAUAGACGGCCCGCACGGCCGCCUCCCCCCGCGUUUCCUGCACUCGGACACCAUCCUCCUUCUAGCCGGCGGCAGCGGAAUCCCUGGCGCGCUCUCUAUUGCGCGCGCCGUGCUCGACUCAUCAACAUGCACGGCACGGAAAGUGUACCUGAUAUGGACCUGUCGCGACCCGAACGCGGGGGAAAUGACCCUCUGGAGGGAGCUCGCCGGGCAUCCCCGCGCACCAGCCGUCCUAGACAUGAGAGUACACGUGACGAGGGAUAACGGAAAGCGGGUGCGGGAGCGGUUGGAUCUGGCGGGGUUGUUGGAGGAGGUUCGGAGCACGCCUGAGGCCUGUUCUCAGCAUGCGAGCGUGGAGGGGGAUGGGGGAUAUGAGGCGAUAUCGGGACAGAGGAGACGGUCACGACCGAUCCGGAGCCUCUCGGUGUACGCGUGCGGUCCCGGCUCGCUUAUGCGGAGCGUGCAGGAGCAUGUUGCGAGGUUUGGGAAUGUUGUUGGGGACGGGUUUGAAGCUCCUCGUCAGCCAUCAUCACCGGCAUCAGAUACCGCUUCGGAUAUAUCCACGUCCGAUGUGGAGGAUGUCGGGAGUAGUAGGGCGAGCGAUGAUGGGGAUGAACCGUGGGGGAUGCCGAGGGAGGGGGAUUUGGAACGCGGGUUACUGGGUGGGAGUGAUGGGGAAGGGGCCGGGGAAGGGAGGAGGAGGAGGACGAGGAGGGUGAAGGUUUUGUUGCAUGUUGAGGGGUAUGGACGGUGAGUUGGGGAUUGUUUUUUGGUGGGGGAUGGUUUGUAUGAGCAGUGAAUGUAUGUAUGUAUAUGGAUUUCUUGGAAAUAUACCCCGUGGUUGAGUAUGCAUUGACAACGUGUUCUGCAUAUGGACGAGUGUGCUAUACUUCGUCGGCCACCGCUCCAUAUUAUGAACCGUAGUAUCCAUACCGGCGUAUAUUACUGCCCGACAUUCGCCAUACGGGAUGUGGGCAACAUCACCAACUGUCGAAAGCAACGGUACAGUAUCG